CAUUAAAUUAAUUAAUUAAUUUUAUUUCUGAUAUUUCUCUCCUCUCUGUUCAUCAAUGGCGAUGAGGAAGCUUUUAUCGAAGCGUAUCUUCAACAUCUCGAACCAAUCGUCGCAGAGUCUAACGAAUUGCCGCACAUCGUCUUCUUCGGUAUCCGUGCGAACCAGAAUCGCUCCGGAGCCCGGAGACUCCGGGAUCUCGCGGCGGUUAUUACACAACACCGCCGUGAUCCGGCCGGAGAUCAUGCAAAUUCUGGUGGGAGAGAGCUUGAUCGAGAAGCUCCGCGAAAUCGACGGUAGCAAGGAUCGUAUCCGAUUAGACGGGAUCGCUCCGCCGAUGAGGGAGGCGGAGACGCCGAGAUUGACGGUGGAGGAUACGAAGAAAGUUCUGAGAGCGGCGCAGAUGGAGAUGGUGAAGACGAAGCUUAGGGAGACGGGGAGAAGCUGGAUGACGUAUUCGGAGUUCGUCGGCGUUUGCUGUGAAGCUUCGUCGGAUCCGGAGCACGGAGCUAGAAUAGCGAAGAUGCUUGAUGAUUCAGCAAACGUCAUCGUUUUGGGAGGUUCCGUUUGUCUUAGACCAGAUCAGGUUACGAAAUCCAUUGAAGGCUUGCUUCCUUUGCCAAAGAUUCAUAACCCAAACGACCCACGAAGGAUCGAGUUGAAAGAGCUCGAGGCAGUUAAGGCAGUGAUCGAUGUGAAAGCGCAUUCUUUGGUGCGGAGAGAGCUCUGGGCUGGUCUUGGUUACUUGAUACUACAGACCGCAGGGUUCAUGAGGCUAACGUUUUGGGAACUCUCGUGGGACGUGAUGGAGCCAAUCUGUUUCUAUGUCACGUCCAUGUACUUUAUGGCUGGGUAUGCGUUCUUCCUCAGGACGUCGAAAGAGCCUUCUUUUGAAGGGUUUUACCAAAGCAGGUUCGAGGCUAAACAGAGGAAAUUGAUGAGUCUUGAUGAGUUUGAUGUUGAGAGGUAUCAAGAACUGAAGAAGCUGUUUUGUCCUAAGGCUUCAGAUCGUGUUUCCCAGAUUCUUGGAACUGUCGGGAGUUAAAUUUUGAUUUUUUAGAUUCAAUGUUGUUGUCACAAAUGGUGUCUGGUUUUUCCUAACUUGAAGAAUCCUACCAAGAAAAGGGAGAACAAAAAAAAGAUAAAAGGUAGAUGAAGUUCUCAAUGUUUGCGGCUUU